AAACUCAGAAAACUUCACAGUGCCAAUCAAGCAGCAAGCUCCUGCAACCAAUCUACCAUGUCAGGAAGAGGUAAAGGCGGAAAGGGUUUGGGAAAGGGAGGAGCCAAACGUCACCGCAAAGUUCUGAGAGAUAACAUUCAGGGAAUCACCAAACCUGCGAUUCGCCGUCUUGCUAGACGCGGUGGUGUGAAACGGAUUAGUGGUUUGAUAUACGAAGAAACUCGCGGUGUUUUGAAGAUAUUUCUUGAGAAUGUUAUUCGUGAUGCUGUGACUUACACUGAACAUGCUCGUCGGAAAACGGUUACUGCUAUGGAUGUUGUUUACGCGCUCAAGAGACAGGGUAGGACCCUAUAUGGAUUUGGGGGUUAGGGAUUGUUGUUGUUAGUAGAAAUGUAGAAUUUGUAAUAGCUUGUUUAAUUGUUAGAGUACGCUUUGCUUUCUAGUUUAAUCAGCUCAUCUUUGUAUGUUCAAAUCUCUGAUUUAAUACAGGUGGAUUAAAUUCAGAUUGUUUCCUUAAUACUAUUUGAAAAUGAAUGUCAAA